CACUUCUCAGCCUCCCCAGAAGCCAGAGUGGAGACGGGUGCUCUACGCUGGGUUGGAAUUGCAAGCUGGUUUGGAGCUGGAUGCAGUAACCCAUGAGUCUUGAUCACCUUGUGAAAAGAGGGAAUUUAUAGGGCACCUGGAUGGCUCAGUUGGUUGAGCACUUGCCUUGGGCUCAGGUCAUGAUCCCGGGACCCUGGGAUUAAGCCCCGAAUUGAGCUCCCUGCUCAGCGACACUUUGCCUCUAUUUGGGGGAGUUCCCUGCGUGAACACACUCCGGUUGGAGAGAUUGCCUCACACCGCAGACCUCAGACACUCUUUCCCAGCCUCUCUUCAUGCAGAGUCCACCAAACUGAUGCACCGGCGCUAGACUUCUGAUUGUAAGAUCCAUCCAGAAGGCGUUCUGAGGAUAACAGCACCAGCUCCACUGGGCAUCCAGAGCCACCAGCAACUACGCAGGUGGCACAGCGGACAGGAGUCAGCCGCUCCCUGGGACCCUUGGAAACCCAGUUCAAAGGUGCCUCACCUCAUCUGCCUACAAUUGCAAAGUUAGAGAGAAGGUCCUAGAAGUUAUGGGGACCCUGCAUCGAGGCUCAGAGCAGACUAACCUUGGAGAUGACGAACCUGGACUCUUCUGCUCUGCGCAUAGCGAGACAAGCCCGAAUAGUCCAUUUUGGUGGCCCAUCAUCAAACAUUUUCGGGACAAUAUGACUAAAGAAGAAAUGCACUACAUACUCUUUGAUGCAAAGGCUUGGGAGAUGCUGGUGCAGAGAAGUGGUCUGGACAGGGAUGAGGCCAACAUGCUGCACCAUAUCCUGAUGGAAGAGCUGAUGCAAAAUAAGGAAGCAUCCAUGCUGGAAAACCUAUCAGAGGAGGAAAAAAUAUUUCUCUUCUGGUUUCCCCUGCAGAAGAAUAAGCUGAAAAAGAAUAUCAGAGAACUCCAUGCUCUCGCAGACCAAGUUGAUGCAAUGCAUAAGAUGCUCACCAAGACCAACCUGGUGGCCAGCUCCUCAGGCACUGUCUCUGGAGUCAUGAGCAUCUUGUGUUUUGCCCUGGCACCCGUGACAGUAGGGGGGAGUCUGAUGCUCUCAGCGGCUGGGCUGGGCCUGGGGGUAGCAGCUAUUGCCACCAACACGUUGACGAGUAUCUUAGAAAGGAACAGCAAUUCGGCAGCCAGAGACAGAGCCAGCAGACUGGUGCCUGUUCCAGCCAUGACGGUACAUGAUAGCUCUGAAGAAAGGGGGUGCUCUGAAAUCAGCGCUGCUUUGUUGUGUAUUGAUAAGUGUGUCAGAGCCUUCAAGAACCUCAAGGAACUUCGGGCCUACCAGAUGGCCAAAGCCAAUUCUGGCUUCGUGGCCAAGGUCAAUAAAUUCAUGGCCAUGAGCCAUAUCCCCUUCUGGAGGACGGGAGGACUGCAGAGAGCUGUUGGAGCCUCGGUUAUGCCCAUGACCAAAGUUGCUCGACUGCUGGGUGCUGCUGGGGCUGGCCUCUCCCUUAUGCAGGACUUGAGAAGCCUCCGGCAGAGCUGGACGCACCUGGAGGAGGGAGCAAAGGCCGAGACUGCUGAGGAGCUGAGGGCCGUUGCCGGGGCGCUGGAGCAGGAGCUGGACCAGCUCACCCAGCGCUACGAGCUGAUCAUCCGGGGGCAGGGCCGGCUGAAGAGCCCGCUCCUGAGUCAGGAGCACGCCAGGCCUGGCUGCGCACGGGACACACAAGGAUGGGGCACGGGAAGCAAGAGCGCCACCAAUGCCAGCUCCCACGUGUCUAGACGCCCAGGGGCCAACCUUCGGGAAGGUCCCAAUGAAGUUGACCAACUACCAGAGUGGCUAAGAUGGGAGUAAUCCAGGAAGGAUUCUCAAAACUGUGCAGAAGGGACCGGGAGUGAACAAAAGUUAUCCCUGUGAGUGAGGACACACUCCGAGGUCUCCCUGAAUUCGUCAUGCUUACAUUCUUGAACAUGUAUCCCAUGAAGAGAUGUGCUUGCUCAGAAAGGAAGCCACCUGCAUUUCCCUAUAUCCAGUUAGCAUAGUUCACUCAACAUACAUGCUGACCCCUUGUCCUUACACAUGCCCAACCUCCAACCCUCUGGGUAGCAGUUCUGAGGCUUGUUUAGUUGUCUCGUGAAUAAACUCUUUCCUUGAUGCAUAA